CCCCGGGGCCUGAUUGGCUGAAGAAGCAGCACUACUGGUUUGAGGGAUAGCGGGCUACUGAUUCACAGACCAGGAGAGAGUGAGAGAGAGUGAGAGAGAGAGAAAAGUAAAGAUUAUCAUAAAGAGUCAGAAGCAGCUCAUCUCAGACAUGAAUAAUCGCUCCAUAGCCUGGUGGCUGAAACAGAUAGGACUGCCCCAGUACACCAAAUCACUGGAGAGAGAACACUACGGUCUAGAGGGUUUGCUGUAUGUAUGUGAUGUAGAUCUGAAGGAGGCAGGAGUAGAUGAUCCCAGCCACAGAGACACUAUACUGUCUCAGCUGCUGCGACACAGACAGACACUAGACCCGCACUCUGGUAUGGUGGAGGAGCUGAGGGUGAGCAGGAAGUAUUCUCUGGGCACGUCUCUGGACCUGGUGAAACCCAGGAAGGAUCUGUUCCGUCAGAGUGUUCUGCCCCGCCUUCGACGCAAGGUCACAAUCUCCGCCUCCUGUUCACAGCUCCACCCACUGGAGGAGGGGCUCAGCCCAGGUCUCGCCCCCGAGCAGACAAGGAAACGCAGUAAGAGGAGGAGUGUCACUGCAUACCUGAGUCAGCUGAAGGUGUUUGGAGGUAGCAGGGAGAUGGACUCUCUGAAGAAGGAGUUGGAGGAGGAACUGAAGCUAUCUACUGAUGACCUGAGGAGUCACGCCUGGUACCAUGGACCCAUAGGCAGAGAGGGGGCAGAGGCUCUGCUGGAGAGAGAUGGUGACUUCCUGGUUCGUGACACAGCCUCCUCCCCCGGUGACUAUGUCCUGAGUUGCUAUUGGAAGGACGAGCCCAUGCACUUCAAGAUCAUCAAGGUGGUCCUUCGGCCCAAGAAGGGUUACUCCCGUGAGCUGUUCCAGUUUGAAGGGGAUCGUUUCGACAACAUUCCCGCCCUUGUGCGUUUCCACGUGGGUGGACGUCAUCCUGUCUCCCAGGCCUCUGGCGCCAUAGUCUAUCACCCAAUCACACGCUCCCUGCCUAUACGUGUCAUCAGUGAGCGCCAGGCAGAGCGGACCGAAAGCAACAGAUCCAGCAACAGAUCCAGCAACAGAUCCAGCAACAGAUCCAGCAACAGAUCCAGCAACAGCGCCAUCGACAGGGUGGGGGUGGAAUCACAGCCAGACCGCAGCAAGAGAUUCAGCUUCAACUCAUCACACAUGGACACACUACACGUCACUAACACACUGCUCAGGAGUGGGAGUCAGCCAGCCAACCUGGAGAAUCUGGGCAGAAGACCCUCGAUCCAAUCAGCACAGUCUGAAAGCAACCUACGCACAGGUGCGCCUCAUAGCGGUGAAUCAGAGGCCGUAGGCCCCGCUCCCAUUUCCCCAGUGUUCCGAACGGGUAGCGAACCCCUGAUCAGCCCCUCAGCCCUCAGACACACACGGCCCUCACACCCAGGUGGAGGUGUGACGCUGCGAGGUUCUGACGGACAGCUGCACCCCCGAGCCCCGCCCAAACCCUUCAGAGUGUCCACCUUCUUCCCCGGGACUCCUCCCAACCGUCACCGUGACGACCCCUACGACGAGCUGGUCAUCCAGGUGCCUGAAUCAAAAAAGCGGGGCCACGUGGACAGGCUGCGUGCGGAGGAGAAGUGGCAGAGCAGAGCCCGUCUCACUGAGACCUCCUUCAGCUUCCUGGAGGCACAGGAAAGCGGGGAGUUGCCUCGGUUACCAACUGACGGACAGGUCCAGGAGGAAGAGGAGGAUUCACACUUUCAGAGGCCGCAGGUGGAGACGGUGUCGUGUUUCAGACUGGACCAGUUUGAGUCCCUCCUGCUACCAGAAAAUAACAGACCUCUAGACCCCACCGUUCUCAUGGUGCUCAAAGAACUGUUCACACGCUCCAACGCCAUGACAACCGCUCUGCACAUCCUCAGUGUCGACUGCCAGGUGGCUCGUAUCGUGGGUGUGACAGAGGACCAGAAGAGGAUGAUGGGAGUUGGCUCAGGUCUGGAGCUGGUCACCCUGUCUCACGGACAACAGCUCAGACAGGACCUGCUGGAGAGGCACCACCUGCUAGCCCUGGGCGUUGCCAUAGAUAUCCUGGGCUGUACAGGGACGGUAGGUCAGAGGGCCACGGUGCUGCAUAAAGUCAUCCUAUUGGCCCAGGCCCUGAGAGACCACGCCCACAACCUCUACGCCUUCUCAGCCGUCAUGAAGGCUCUGGAGAUGCCUCAGGUAGUCCGUCUGGAGAGGACAUGGAGGGCACUGAGGAGGAACCACACAGAGAGCGCUGUGAUGUUUGAGAAGACCCUCAAACCCUUCAUGAUCGCUCUGAAUGACGGAGAUGGUGAGGGAGACUCUGUGGUGCAGGGCCCCCUGGCUGUGCCCUACCUGGUUCCCCUCCUGAGGCUGAUGGAGGGAGAGGAGGGAGAACACACAGAGAGAGGCUGCCAGUUGUUAUACAACACCCUGCAGGCGGCACGCAACGCAGCGCUACACGCCCCACAGUACCAGGAGCACGCACACAGCCUGCUCACAGGUGACUGGGAGCCAAUCCCAGAGCUGCUGGAGGGGUUCAGGACAGAGUUUGCCCUGAGGCUGUUCUGGGGUCAGACUGGAGCCGCGGCAGACAAGGAGAAACGCUACGACAAGUUUGACAAGAUCCUCACCGUGCUCUCCAACAAACUGGAGCCUACCGAGGAGUUCUCCCCGGAACUCUGACCCUUUAAACUCUAUACUGUGACCUGGGCUGCAUUCAGGAGGACACAACGUUGCACAACAGUUUGAAAUCUGUAACCCGUUUUCCCUGGAUCAUUAUUCAUUAGAAGCUUUUUGUAGCAAAAAAAUAAUAAUAAAAAAAGUUUGUUAUUGGAUAAGUUCAGAUGUUUCCUCCCUGUUUCAGUCCGUUUCAGUGCCUAAUGAAUAUAUCCUGGGAUGUGUGUCUGGGUGUUUCUGUGGUUCUCACCCACGGGGUUCAUACCUAGCAGGUGUGGAUGCGUUGGUUUCCCCUCAUAAACCUGGCGAAGGUCUACGUCCCAAAUGGCACCCUAUUCUCUAUGAAGGGCCAUUACCAAGGCUCUGGUAAUGGGCACGAUACAGGGAAUAGGGCUCUGGUAAUGGGCACGAUACAGGGAAUAGGGCUCUGGUAAUGGGCACGAUACAGGGAAUAGGGCUCUGGUAAUGGGCACGAUACAGGGAAUAGGGCUCUGGUAAUGGGCACGAUACAGGGAAUAGGGCUCUAGAUGAAAGUAGGUUACGAUACAGGGAAUAGGGCUCUGGUAAUGGGCACGAUACAGGGAAUAGGGCUCUGGUAAUGGGCACGAUACAGGGAAUAGGGCUCUGGUAAUGGGCACGAUACAGGGAAUAGGGCUCUAGAUGAAAGUAGGUUACGAUACAGGGAAUAGGGCUCUGGUAAUGGGCACGAUACAGGGAAUAGGGCUCUGGUAAUGGGCACGAUACAGGGAAUAGGGCUCUGGUAAUGGGCACGAUACAGGGAAUAGGGCUCUAGAUGAAAGUAGGGCACGGUACAGGGAAUAGGGCUCUAGAUGAAAGUAGGGCUCUGGUUGAAAGUAGGGCUCGAUACAGGGAAUAGGGCUCUAGAUGAAAGUAGGGCACGGUACAGGGAAUAGGGCACUGGAUGAAAGUAGGGCUCUGGUUGAAAGUAGGGCACGAUACAGGGAAUAGGGCUCUAGUUAAAAGUAGGGCACGAUACAGGGAAUAGGGCUCUAGAUGAAAGUAGGGCACGAUACAGGGAAUAGGGCUCUAGAUGAAAGUAGGGCACGAUACAGGGAAUAGGGCUCUAGAUGAAAGUAGGGCAUGAUACAGGGAAUAGGGCUCUGGUUGAAUGUAGGGCACGGUACAGGGAAUAGGGCUCUAGAUGAAAGUAGGGCACAAAACAGGGAAUAGGGCUCUAGAUGAAAGUAGGGCACGAUACAGGGAAUAGUGCUCUAGAUGAAAGUAGGGCACGAUACAGGGAAUAGGGCUCUAGAUGAAAGUAGGGCACGAUACAGGGAAUAGGGCUCUAGAUGAAAGUAGGGCACGAUACAGGGAAUAGGGCUCUGGUUGAAUGUAGGGCACGGUACAGGGAAUAGGGCUCUGGUUGAAUGUAGGGCACGGUACAGGGAAUAGGGCUCUAGAUGAAAGUAGGGCACAAAACAGGGAAUAGGGCUCUAGAUGAAAGUAGGGCACGAUACAGGGAAUAGGGCUCUAGAUGAAAGUAGGGCACGAUACAGGGAAUAGGGCUCUAGAUGAAAGUAGGGCACGAUACAGGGAAUAGGGCUCUAGAUGAAAGUAGGGCACGAUACAGGGAAUAGGGCUCUGGUUGAAUGUAGGGCACAAAACAGGGAAUAGGAUGCUAUUUGGGAUGUAGACAAGGUGUGUGAUGUGCUUCUACUGGUUGUUGGUUCAGGUGUGUCAAAAUGUUGACUGUAGAGUUUACCUGUUAACAUGUUCUGUGUUGAGACAACUUUAUUCUGCAGAGUUUACCCUGUUAACAACUUUAUUCUGUAGAGUUUACCUGUUAACAACUUUAUUCUGCAGAGUUUACCUGUUAACGACUUUAUUCUGCAGAGUUUACCCUGUUAACGACUUUAUUCUGUAGAGUUUACCUGUUAACGACUUUAUUCUGCAGAGUUUACCUGUUAACGACUUUAUUCUGUAGAGUUUACCUGUUAACAACAUUAUUCUGUAGAGUUUACCUGUUAACAACUUUAUUCUGUAGAGUUUACCUGUUAACAACUUUAUUCUGUAGAGUUUACCUGUUAACAACUUUAUUCUGUAGAGUUUACCUGUUAACAACUUUAUUCUGUAGAGUUUACCUGUUAACAACUUUAUUCUGUAGAGUUUACCUGUUAACGACUUUAUUCUGUAGAGUUUACCUGUUAACGACUUUAUUCUGUAGAGUUUACCUGUUAUCAACUUUAUUCUGCAGAGUUUACCCUGUUAACAACUUUAUUCUGUAGAGUUUACCUGUUAACGACUUUAUUCUGUAGAGUUUACCUGUUAACAACUUUAUUCUGUAGAGUUUACCUGUUAACGACUUUAUUCUGUAGAGUUUACCUGUUAACGACUUUAUUCUGUAGAGUUUACCUGUUAACAACUUUAUUCUGCAGAGUUUACCUGUUAACAACUUUAUUCUGCAGAGUUUACCUGUUAACGACUUUAUUCUGUAGAGUUUACCUGUUAACAACUUUAUUCUGUAGAGUUUACCCUGUUAACACGUUGUGUUCAGACAACUUUAUUCAACCGGCCAGGUGUCUGUGAAAGUAGUUUUUUUUAAGGGAAAGUUCUGAGUUACACGUUUUCUAUUCAGAUGAUAUAAAUGAUUUAAAACA